AUGAAUCGGCUAUUCAGUCCCUUUCUGCGACGGUUUGUCAUCGUUUUUUUUUAUGAUAUUCUUAUAUACAGCCGUAACAUUUCAGAUCAUGUUUUCCAUUUGCGAAUGGUCUUACAACUUUUACAGGAUAAUAGCUUCUAUGCCAAAGUUACCAAAUGCAGUUUUUUUCAAUCCACUAUAGACUAUCUGGGUCACUUGGUCUCGGCAAAAGGAGUUAGCGUGGAUCCUUCUAAAAUAGCAGCAAUGUGCGACUGGCCUACACCAACUUCGGUUAAACAACUGCGUGGGUUUUUAGGCUUGACUGGCUAUUACCGCAGGUUUGUCGCUCAUUACGCAUCUGUUGCAGCGCCUCUGACAGAUUUGCUUAAGAAAGACAGCUUCCAGUGGUCCUCAGAAGCCUCCCAAGCAUUUGAGAAGCUCAAAGCGGCCAUGACCUCAACACCGGUGUUACAGCUACCAGAUUUUUCCCAGGAUUUUAUUGUGGAGACAGAUGCUUCCAACAUUGGCAUCGGUGGGGUUUUGAUGCAGAACGGCCACCCAAUUGCAUUCUUUAGUAAAAAAAUUGGGACCACAGUUUGCAGGGGCUUCGACGUACAGCAGAGAGAUGAGAGCCAUUAUGGAGGCAGUGACAAAGUGGCGCCAAUAUCUGUUGGGCAGACCUUUCAUUAUUCGCACAGAUCAUAG